AUGGGGGACAAAAAGAGGAGACGAGUGAGAAGAAAGAAGUCCAAACAGGCAAGGAUAGCAAGGCAGGCACUGCAGCUGAGAAGGAAGAUACUGGCCGGCAAGGUUGACCGCGCAUCCACACCAACAACAAGAAAUGACAAGUUGGAUACCAACGCUUACCAGACUGAGACACAGCUUAUCAAAAAGUCAAUGGCCAAAGACGCAACUGGACAAAUCAGGAUACCUGACACAGGACAGACUGUUAAGGAAGAAGAUGACCAAAAGAAAAGGAUCGGCACCGUUGACAUCAACACAACAUCCCAACCGAGCUGUGGUACUAUCGCAAAUGAUAUCAAGGAGGAGGAAGUAGACGAGCUAGAGAGAAGUCUUGUUAAUUGCUGCAACAGCACUGCCCAACUUCUAAGUUGUGAUCCAAUUGGUACUGAUGCUGAGAAGGGAGACGAAGAAGAGAUGAAACUUGAUGAUUGUUAUAGCACAAAAACACCAUCCUUGUCGGGUUGUUGCACAGUUGGCAUUCAAGAUGAGAUGGAAAGUGGACAAGACACGAAUAUUGAUAACUGUUACAACACUACAUCUCAGUUUACUGAGGCAAAGGAGGGGGAAGAUCAAUUAGAAGAUGACUUUGAAGAAAGUGAGCGAGAAUCUUCUAAAAACAAAAACAAGAGGCGCAAGAGCAACAGUGAUCGUUUAGAACAGACAGAAUGCCGGCUUCAACUGGAAAGGAAACAAAACGGAAACAAGUGGAAAAAGAAGACAUCCUGGGUAUGCAAGUGUAAGGAAAAGUUCACAAGCAAAGUGUCAUAUUUCAAACAUAAGCUCAAGGCCCAUCCAGAGACAUGUGAAUACUGUGGAGACAAGUUUCACACAAGACAAAGACUCAACAAGCACCUGAUGACACACCUGCCAAGCAGAGACAAACUGGACCUGAAGGGGAACAAGUUGUUUUUGUGUGAUCAUUGCGGAAAGUUCUUCACCAACUGGAAUAUGAAGAUGCACAAGCUUAAACUUAGCGAGGCAAGACCGUACAAAUGCGAUGUGGAAAACUGCAAGUCUUCUUUUAGAGAGAAACGUGGUUUGGAAAUGCAUGUUCUUAGUGUCCAUGACAGAAAUCGAUUCCACUGCCCUUAUGAGGGUUGUAAGAAAUCGUUUGGUGUCAAGUCGACGAUGACUUCACAUUACAAAGUGCACACGGACGAGCGCAGCCACCAGUGUUCGUAUUGCGGUAAGAUGUUCCGCAGAUCUGAACACCUGAGGGUUCACAUGAGGAUACACACGGGUGACAACCCUUUCAACUGUAGUCUGUGUAACUACAGCGGACGGCAGUAUAACUCCCUCAGGUGGCACAUGAAAACCUACCAUCCUGGAAAUUCCAAUAUAAACAAAGAAGAUGAGAAAUCAAACAUUUAAGAAAGUGUUUUAGAAGAAUUCUGAUGCUCUGGCAGAUACAAAAGAUGUCUUGGAUGAAUCUAAUGAUGCCUCAGGAAGUGCUGAAAAGUCUAUGCCCAACUCUACAAGGUCUCAGUCCAACAGAGGAAAGUAGAAAGGUUAUCAUCAGCAACAAGAACUGAAGGUAGAUGUGUAGUACUAGUCCAUAUUUCUAAAUCAUGAGAAGAUGUGUGAAGUUGGUGAGACUAUGAUUGAUCACAGCAAUGGCAACCUCUUUGUUAUAACACAUGUGUUACUGUUUUGGUUAUAUUUCUUUCAGGGAGACUUUUUUUUUUUGCCAACAGUCUCAAUUAUACCCUUAUUUAUGUAUUGUGUUGGAACUACAAGUUACUUUAUUGUUGCUUUGAUGGAAAGUUUCAAUAGAGAAAGCAAUUUCAAAGUGCUCCACGACAGCAUUAGAAAUGUGGGGAUCAUAACUGGAUUUGUUGUCAAGUUUAUUUGUUUUAAGUUUCAAUGUUGAUAAUCUGAACCAUGUGAACUUUCAGGAAUGCAUUUGGUUAUCCAUCGGAACUCCAUGUCAUAUGAAGCUUUGCUAGACGUAUGAGCGUUAUAUUUCAGGGAUUAUGAGCAGGAAUGUCUCACUUUUGUGGCCAAACUGAUAUAGUAAAAGUUAACUUAAACACUAGUUAAUUUAGCACAUGAUUGUAGGCAGCUGUAAGUUAAGAGCAUCACCUAGCAGACUUUGUGUGUACUGCAGCUCAAGCUAACGUCAGAUCCUCACCAAUUCAUUCCUCAAUAGGGUAUAUUACUAAUAAGGUAAUUCCUAUAAGACUGAUAAGUAUAAUAUAUUACUAUAAUACUGUUGUUAACUUUGUUUUUUUUAACACUUGAUACUAAUAAAAGUCACACAAAGCCAGA